AUGUCACAUCUCGACGCGCCGCUCCGCUCGCGGCGACAACACCCCUCGAGCGACGUCUUCUUGCGACGAGAGGCGGGCGUCAUCACGUCCGAAGACACCUUCCCACCUCUCGACCUCGACGACUCGUCCUCCCCUUCCUCGUCCUCGUCUUUCGCAGCCAGCACCCGCUCUCUCAGAUCCCUCCUCCUCCCCGCCCAGGUCGAGCUGAGACGUGUCUUCCACCGUCAACGACGACGAGACCUCCCCUCGAACGAGACAGACACGGACGAACGCGCCCCGAAGCGGUUCAAGACCGACUCGUCUUUCCACAUCCACCGCGUCCACCACCUCCACGAGCGGCAGACUCGCACCUCGACAACGACUGCGCAGCUCGGAGCGGCCCUGUCGAAUGUCGGAACUGGGACGGACUGCCAGGCUUUCGCGGAUCGGUAUGGAGACGGACGGAGGACGCAGGUCUUGCUUGGGUGUGCGAGGGCGAAGGCGGCUGCGGUAACGACGUCGCAGGAGGCUAGCUCCAGUCGGGCUGCGGCCGCUGCGUCGACUAGCACGUCGAGGCGGAUACGAACCUCGACGACUACCUCUCGACGCUCGACUCGAACUUCCACCGCACCUCGAGACGCAGCAACACCCCGCCUCGCAGCACCUGUCGCGACACCCCUCUCCCCAGCACAAGCCUCUGCCCUCUCUCGCUCCGUCAUCGGCUCAGUCGUGAGCGAGCAAUUCAGCCAAGCCGCGUCGGUUGUCGCCAGCCGCGUAUCGGUCGCGAGCGCCUCGAGGGCCGUCCUCAUGUCGAGCGUCGACUCGAUCUUCUCAGAAGCGGCGAGCGUCGUGGCCAGUCGGCAGGGGUUGUUGCCGACUGUCACGUCGGCUUCGUCCGCCUCCACGGCCUCUUCCUCUUCGACAUCCUCGUCCGCUCCUUCUUCCGCCUCUUCGAUCUCGUCCACCUCUUCAUCCAGCGUGACUCCGUCUUCAACAGCAAAUCCCGCUCGCAGCAACCACAACCGGAUAGCCAAAAUCGUCGGGCCCUCUGUCGCCGUCCCCCUCGGCCUACUCCUCCUGGCCCUCCUCCUUUUCUGCUGCCUGAAACGCCGGCGACGAAAGACCGGCGCAGGCUAUACUACCUCAGGGCGGUCGACGCCUGGCGGACUAGGGCCCAUCUCGCAUCCUCAGCCGCUGCAGCCUGCGGCGGGAGGGGCGAUGAGGGAGUAUGGCGCGAUGGGUGCUGGAGCGGGGUUGGCGGGACUUGGUGCAGCAGCAGCAGCGGGAGCAGGCGGACGGACUGGCGAGCCAGGCAGCUCGCAAGAGUCGCUCGGUCCUACACCGUCAGCUAUCGGCGUGGCUUUCUCCGAGCCUCGAACAAAGUGGGGACGCCGGUCGCUCGUUGAUGUCCUCGCCGGCGGCGUGCGCGGCGCCAACAGCGGUUCGAACACGCCUGAAGGAUCGGCGGGCGACGGGAGCGGCGGCCACCAGCGGGGCUUGUCCACCUCGUCCUCGUUCGGCGGUCGUCAACCCUCCAUCCGCAGUUCCGCCUCGAUACCGAGCGAGUUGCGCGGAGUUGGAGGCUACAACAUCUACGGCUACCAGCCUGGCCAGCCCCGGCCCGUCAUGAGCAUGACCUCGCCCCUCUCGUCUCACUACGACCCCUUCGGACCGGGCGCGAUCGUCCCUGUCCCCGAGUCGGCGACAAGUAUGCAUCCGGUCUCGUCGGAGGAAGGGUUGAUUAGCGGGUACAGCGAGGGUCCUGGUGGGAGUGGCAGCGGCGGAGGGAGGUCCGGCUCGGGCGAGUCGUUCACGGCUGUCCUGGCGCCACCGCUUGCGGCGGGCUACGCCCACUCGAGGCAGGCGCAGCAGAGCCGGACAACGCAGCAGACGAGCGAGGGGGAGCAGGAAUACUGGACCGCCGAUGCGGGUCAGAGCAGCGUCGAUACGCAUACGCAAGAGGCGGGCGAUUACGAGGAGGCGGAGGAGGAGCUCAGCGGGUCGCCGCAAGAGGAGGCGGUCAACUUUGGGAGUGGGAGCUCGAGCAGCGGGAGCGGGGCGGGGAGCAGGAUGAGCGAGGACCCGAACUCGACGCCGAGGUUGGGCGGGAGCAGGACGUCGACGCCGCGGCUGGGGAUGGGGCACGGCAGCAUCGGGUCGAGGAGGAACGACGGGACAGGCAGCUGGUGGAAUGCCUGA